UGGAGAGAAGCCUGUGUUGUUGGAACCAACUUAUUCUAGGGGGUGAUGGGAGUCCCCUUGUUCCUACCUCUUCUUGCCACUGGGAGUGACUGGGCUGACUCCAAGCCCUCACAGACUCGGGGCCCUAUGCUACUGUGGACAGCUGUGCUAUUUCUGGCUCCUGUUGCUGGGAUACCUGAUCUCCCGAAGGCUGUGGUGAAACUUGAGCCCCCAUGGAUCCAGGUGCUACAGGAAGACAAUGUGACACUGAAAUGUCAAGGGACCCGMAAUCCUGAGAACCACUCUACUCAGUGGUUCCACAAUGGGAGCCCCAUCCCAGGCCAGACUCAGCCCAGCUACAACUUUAAGGCCAAGAACAAUAACAAUGGGGAGUACCGGUGUCAAAUGGACCAGACAAGCCUCAGCGACCCCGUGCAUCUGGAUGUAUUCUCUGACUGGCUGCUGCUCCAGACCUCUCAACUGGUGUUCCAGGAGGGGGACACCAUUGUUUUGAGGUGCCACAGCUGGAAGAACAACCCUCUGAACAAGAUCACAUUCUACCAGAAUGGAAAUUCCAAGCAGUUUUCCCAUUUCAAUGUCAACUUCUCCAUCCCGUCAGCAAACCGAAGUCACAGUGGUGAUUACUACUGCAGAGGAAGUGUAGGGAGGACGUCCUACUCAUCAAAAUCUGUGACCAUCACUGUCCAAAGGCUCAAGUCGACCCACCCUUUACUGGAAAUGAUCAUUGUGCCUGUGGUUAUCGGGAUUGUUGUAGUAGCCAUUGUGGCUAUUGUAGUAGUCACAAUCUACCUCAAGCGAAAGCGGACUUCAGCCAAUGUCAUUGACUCUGAGGAUGCUGCCAAAACCGGAGCUGAGAACACAAUCACUUAUUCACUUCUCAUGCACCCGGAAGCUCCAGAGGAAGAGCCAGAUUAUCAGAACCGCAUUUAGUCUCCAUUGCCUUACCCCUGGUAUUUCUGGAAGAGAUUCAAAAGAAGCACGGAUCUGGUGACUACUGGCCUAAAUCCCCCUUGGAGAGGUGGAGGGAAUACUGCAGGAGGACUAUUCCAGAGUUACCUCUGGGAGUCCUCAAGUCUUUUAUCCUAAAACCAACAGAAAAUAUGGUCCCCAAUGGUUGACUCUCCUGAAUUCAUCUGUGCCUCAGCACUUCCCAACAUGAAGACUCUUGGGUUGUACGUCCACACAGCCACAAUAUCACUAAUAAAAUUACUGUCACUGAUAGUAGCAACAUGGAAAACGCUUAUGUUACAGGUUACAUGAGAAUGCUUAAAUAAGUAUGUAUGACAUCAGAAAUGAUAAGAGAGACCAACAUAUACCAAGAUAUUAAAAGGGAUUAUUUUAGGGUGAUGGAAUUAUCAGUGAUUUUAAUUUUCAUUCUUAUUUCUCUGUUGAGAUCACGUAUUACUUUUAUAGAGAAAUAUUAUGAAAACGACGUUGCUUACUUUUUCAAGGCUACAUUGGUGGGAGUGUAGACUGAGCUCCCUGGGGUCCAUUUCUCUUCAAUGAUAAGAAUCUGGGGAAGAUAGAAAUGGGUAGGAUGUGGGAGACAAUGUGGAUUCGGAAUGUUAAAACUGACCUUUUAUCUGCUCAACUUCUGUUGCUUUUUUUUUUUUUUUUUUUUUGUCUUUUGUACUGGGGAUUUAACCCAUGAGUGCUUAACCACUCGGGUACAUCUCAAGCUCUUUUUACUUUUCAUUUUGAGACAGGCUCUCACUAARUUGCUUAGGGCCUCACUAAGUUGCUGAGGCUGGCUU